AUGCCUUCUGCAGCUGGUGGGAAGCGUAAACGCGGUGACAGAUCAUGGUCUGGAGAUGCGGGAAAUGAUGGCUGGCGGCCGUCUCCUCAUCGUCCCGGAAAUCUCAAUCUCGCCCAGCAGCAUCAACAGAAUCAGUUUAACGGUCAGAGUCGAGAUUCUACCGAUAAUCGUAAUCGGGGAGGCAGAAGAACAAGCAGAGGCGGCAAUAGAAAUGGUACGCCUGCGCGGAGGGCAAGCGAAGGUCACAACUCCCAUCAGAAAGAAAACUCUCCCUCGUUGAGAUCAGCAAUGAUAUCCCAAAGAGACCCUCCCGAAUUAUCUCAGCCAAGCAGAAUGCCGUCGACACCAAUACCUACUUCCUCAUCUCAACCUCAAGUGAUGUUCUAUUCCUACGAGUAUCUUACGCGGGAGUGCGUUGAUGCGUGGACCUUAACGGGGAGGAAAGCCGUGAUCGAUAUCGGGGUCGGUGCUCGGAAGGCGGAGGACGCCUUAGUGAUCUCAUCCGUGUUUCAGGAGAUUAUUCAGUCCGUUAUUGAUGGCCGGAUAUCUGCAGUUGAUGGUGGGACCUCCGUGAAGGAAAUUAUAGGCGAAGAUGUUGCAGAUGACAUGCCUAGUGUGGAUGGAUCAACGGGCACUUCACAAACCUUCGAUGUUCGCUCUCUUUUCCUUGAUACCCUUUCUGUUACAGCCGACGCAAACACCUCUCACUCCAGCCUCCGCACCCUGGUGUUUUCGACUGGAAUCUCCCCUACCCUUAUGCGACAACAGCUUGAAACUCCGUUACUUCAAUCGCUUGGUCUAAUUCGUGACACCUUCGCUCGCAUGGGCAUCCGCAAACAAACCAACCUUCUUUAUCGACAGUCGAACUAUAACUUACUACGAGAGGAAUCAGAAGGGUACUCCAAGUUGCUGACAGAAUUGUUUACAACUAGCAGCAAUGAGCCCCCGUCAGGCGAAGUCGUUGAAGAUACUUUCGAACGAGUGAAGGCUAUGAUAGGCGCUUUUGAUAUGGACGUCGGAAGAGUCCUUGAUGUCACGCUAGAUGUGUUCGCGGCUGUCCUUGUCAAAAAGAAUCGAUUCUUCGUCAAAUUCCUGCGUGUUAGCUCAUGGUGGCCAAAGGAGGAAUCUUUCCUGCGACGUUAUGGCGGGAUUUCCGAACCUGGUUUACCUAAAUGGGCCCUACCCGGUUCAGCCGGCUGGUUGACAACAGAGGAGGACCGGGAAGAAGCUCUUCGUGCAAAUGAAAAACGGGAUCGCCUUUUUUGGGAUCGAGCUAGAGAGGUUGGCAUCCGCGCGUACUUCGAGAUAGGCCGCAACCAAUCAUUGGAACCGAAACAAUUAAAAUCAAUAUCGGAACUUAAAAUCAACGCCCCAGAGGAAGACAAUGAUACUCUGAAAUGGAUUGAACAAUCUGGGACCCUCCCACCCAAGAGCAACGGGGUCGCGGCGCAACUGCUGGGAUUCAAACUCCGAUUUUAUUCAUCAGAUGCUCGGAAUCCGGCUGAUAUUCUACCGGAUAAUCUCAUAUAUCUAGCCGCUUUGCUCAUAAAAGUCGGGUUUAUCUCUCUACGGGAUCUCUAUCCUCACCUUUGGCGACCGGAUGAAUUUAUGGACGAGCUAAAGGAGGAGAAAAUGAAAGAGAAGGAGCAGAGAGAACUAGCUGCUAGACCUGGUGCUGGGGCGAUGAAUGCGCUAAUGAUGGCUGGUGCCUUGAGUGACGAUACAAUACCCGUCCCGAUGUCUAGACUCCGAGAGACUGAUACCCGCGCGGCUACUCCUGCCAAAGACCAAGAUGUGGACAAAACAGCCCAAACAAAAGUUGAUGAAAAAAAGGAAUCAUUGCCGGAGCCAGCAGAUCAGAAAGUGCUGCUCUUAAAGAGUCUACUCGCUAUUGGCGCCCUUCCAGAGUCCCUCUAUAUUCUUGGGCGAUUCCCGUGGCUAUUGGAUGCGUACCCCGAGCUUCCAGAAUAUAUCCACCGUAUUAUACACCAUUCUCUGAGCAAGCUGUGUGACUCCUCGCGGCCCUUGUCAUCAAGGAGCGACAUCAAGACUGAAAAGAAGAUCACCAGUUCUGACCAAGCGGGCCUUCCAAGGGGCAAUAUUCGAUUGACUGAUCCACCUCCUCGACGCGUCCUUCGGUGGGCAUUACUAGAUAAAGAAGAUACCAACGAUGGGACUGAUUAUCGAUUUUACUGGGACGAUUGGACAGAUAAUAUUCCCGUUUGCCAGACUGUGGAUGAUGUAUUCACUCUCUGUGGAUCAUUUUUAAAUCUUUCAGGUGUCAAAAUUGGGCAGGACCCUGGCCUAUUGACGAAAUUGGCUAGGCUUGGAAACGAAAGUCUACAAAGUGAUCCUUCGGAAUCAAAUCAGAUGCGAUGGCGAGAUCUUUGCAAGCGCCUUUUGGUUCCCGCAUUGAGCUUAACGAGAGCAAACCCUGGAGUCGUCAAUGAGGUAUUUGAGCUGCUGAGCCACUUCUCACGAGAUGUGAGAUAUUCCAUUUAUGCUGAGUGGUAUUCUGGACAAACUUCUCGGUUGCCGGAUAUCAAAUCGGCCUUCGAUCAGGCACGAGCAGAAACGAAGGACGCCCUUAAAAGAUUAAGCAAAACCAACAUUAAGCCGAUGGCUAGAAACUUGGCUAAAAUAGCAUUCGCUAACCCGGGAAUUGUCAUCAGCGUCGCCAUCAACCAGAUCGAAGCAUAUGAGAACCUAAUUGAAGUAGUUGUGGAAUGUGCCCGAUAUUUCACGUACUUGGGAUAUGAUAUUCUAACCUGGUCAUUGAUCAAUUCUCUUGGUCAGAAAGGGAGGAGUCGAGUUCAGGAUGGGGGUCUGCUAACAAGUAGAUGGCUCAAUGCCCUUGCUUCCUUUGUUGGCAGGGUAUUUAAACGCUAUUCUACCAUCAUGGACCCUGUUCCCGUUCUUCAAUACGUUGGUGAACAGCUUCGACACAACAACUCCACCGAUCUCGUCAUUCUAGAGCAGCUUAUCAGCUCCAUGGCUGGGAUAGUUACUGACACAAAUUUCAACGACUCCCAAAUUCAGGCAAUGGCGGGUGGUGCACUUCUACAAUCGCAGACCAUGUUACAACUUCUCGAUAAACGCCACGAAUCCAAGAUAACCUCCCGGCGCCUAAUAAAAUCUUUGGCGAAUUCUAAGCUUGCCGGGCAGCUUCUGAUAGCCGUCGCGCAAGAACGAGCUACAUGUAUAUUCAAGGAAUCAGAAGCUGACGGGGAAUUGAAACUACUUGGCAAUAUAUUCGAUGAGAUACAUCGGGUUCUCACUCAAUAUAUCGAUCUUCUCCGAAGCAAUUUCACGGUUGAAGAAUUCGACUCUUUCGUGCCAGAUGUGGCAAGUCUCAUAGGCGAAUUUGGACUACAGCCGGAAGUCGCAUUCUGGAUUACGCGCCCGAGCGUUGCGCAUCAGAUUGCUGAAGUUGACACGAAGAAACGAGAGCAAGCGACAAAGAAGCAAGAAACCGAAACCAUUCCCGCCUCUAAGAGCCCUGAUGGUGAUCUAGAGAUGGCAGACGAUGGGGAAGCUGUCGAAAAAGAGGAUUCGUCGGGAGAUGUGACGAUCUCUACUGAAGAAUCGACAUCUAGUACUAACGAUAACCAGGGUGAGGCGAAAACGAACGCUUCAAUCACAUCAAGCACCUCUAAAGCGGAUCCGGAAAGUGUACCUUGGCAUCCUGUACUUGAAGGGCUGAUGGAUAAGAUCAAGACAGCGAUGCCACGAAGCUCAUGGGAAGUUGUUGGUCUGCCAUUCUUUGUGACAUUCUGGCAGCUAUCGCUCUAUGACAUUCAUGUUCCCCAGCGUGCUUACGAAGAAGAACUUGAACGGCUCAAGAAAAAAAUCCAGGCCAUUUCGCAAGAUCGGUCAGAUGUUAGCAUAGCCGGUACCUUAAAAAAGGAUAAGGAGAAAAAACUCAUUAAUGACCUUCAUGACCGAAUUUUAGCAGAGAACAAGGCACAUGUGAGAUGUUACGGAUUAAAUAGGGCAAGGUUACAGAAGGAAAAAGACCGAUGGUUUGUUGGACUGAGAGGGAAACAUGAAGCUCUUAACAUUGCCGUGAUGGAACAGUGUCUAUUACCCCGGUUACUUCUCUCGCCUAUUGACGCUUUCUACAGUUUCAAGAUGCUCAAGUAUCUCCAUUCAUCUGGGACGCCAAAUUUCCGAACAGUAGGAUUUCUUGAUCAGCUGUUUCGCGAACAGCGGCUUACAGCCAUCAUCUUCCAAAGUACUUCUAAGGAAGCUGAUAAUUUCGGUCGUUUCCUCAACGAAGUACUUCGCGACUUGACCCGAUGGCAUGCCGAUAAAGCCGUCUACGAGAAAGAAGCGUACGGAAUGAAAAGGGAUCUCCCAGGAUUUGCCAUGGCAGUUGAUCAAGAAGGAAAGCCAAAGUCAUUUUUAGAUUACGAAGAUUUCCGCAGGAUUUUCUACAAGUGGCAUCGCAUUUUUGGUGCCUGCUUGAAGACUUGCCUCUCAGGAGGCGAGUAUAUGCAUAUCCGGAACGCCAUUAGCGUAUUGAAGGCAGUUGUUCAGCAUUUCCCUGCGGUUAAUUGGAUUGGCCGAGACAUGCAUACCUGCGUGAACAACCUGAAGACAAUGGAUCCUCGUGAUGAUGUUAAAAUUCCUGCAGCCUCGUUGAUUGGAGAUUUGAAUAGAAGAGAGAAGAAAUGGCUACUUCCGCAGGCUUUCAUGAUUGUGAGUCUACCUAUCUGCAAUGUGGAGGAAUACGGGGCUAAUCCUCCAAAGAAUGAAUCGUUACCGAGUGACAAGGCUAAAGCACGCACGCCGCAACCUCAGUCAACUACUCCCAAAUCACUGAAUGCAUCCGCUCCUGACUUUAAACCCUCUGGGUCGUCCACUACGGUAAAUGAUGCACGGCCACAUGGGCCUGGGAAAUUAGAGGUUGAAGACGGCGAGAUCGAAGAUGCGAAAAUGGUAGGGAAGUUGAACAAUGCAGCCAUGAAAGCAAAAGCCGCGAGAGGUGAUGCCCAAUCACUGCAGGUGUCCGAUACUUCGAGCGCAGUGGAAACUGCUUCUACGAGUAAAUUAGACAAAGUGGAACAGAAUAACAAAACCCCCGUGUUACAAGAAACGGAGCCAGCCAAGGUUGCAGAGCCUGCAACUGGCCAUUCGCAGACCCCUGCGCAACCUUCUUCACAGCAGCCUUCGACCACACAAGCCACUCUGGGAGAUUCACAAACACCUGUUUCAGGUCACAGAUCAUCAUCACCAGCUCCAUCACGAGUGGCUAGCCGACCACCUUCAGAAUCUUCACAUGUACCAAGCAUUCCAAAGCGCCCGGAUGUUGACUGUUACCCUCCCCAACACAGUGCUUCUGUCCGCCCUCAGGCAAACCUACCAAAUCGGCCAGAACCUCCUCGCCCCUUCAGACACCCUGAUGAACGGAUGUCUAUGAGACCCCCCAAUAUGCCCGAUGAACGAAGAGAUGCUCGAGACAAUCGACAUCCGGACCGCUCUGGGCGGUUCGGUGGCCAGGAUCGUGAGAGACCAUUUGAACAUGCCCUCCCUAUCGAUUCCCGUAGCCACGGGCGACCAAACGAACGUCCUGGAGAUAGGGAUAGGCUUGAUGGUCACCGGAUAGAUAGAGAAUUUCCUUCUCGCCCCCUUGAAGAUAAUUUUGGACGACCCGGGUACAGGGAUGCACGACCAUCGCCUAGGGAUCAGGAAUGGUCUGAUAGGAUGGGUAGAGGAAGAAUUUCUCAAGCAGAUGCUUUCCAAGUUCGACAAGACUCGGACCGUUCCUUCAGAGAAGGGGAUGUUCAUCAAUAUCGGGCGGCUAAUGUGCCUGAUCUUCAUGACCGUGACCAUCCAUCCCGGCCCCAUACAGAAACUGGAAUUCACCAGCGACUUGAACUUCCUAGACCCGAAAGAGAUGAUCGAAGAAAUCGUAGCUCCCGACCCUCCACCCCUCCAAAAGCAGAUGAUUCUCGUCUCCAGAAUAGGUCCGAUAGGCGAGAGGAACGUGAAGAGAGAAAACCUACCAAUUCCCAACCACCAGCGCGAUCUGAGGAUCUACCAACAGGACCCAAAGGUGACAGGGGCAAUUAUUCUUCAGCAGCCGAUAAUCGUCAUGCGCUAGACUCUCGAUCAACAUAUCAGUCAACCACAGAUUCGUCAUAUGGACGGUUAAACCAAGAUUCAAAAUUCCCGUUACGCCCACAAGAGUCGUUUGACAGGCCUCAGGAUAUCCCUUCAGGACCAAGGAAGACUUCUACCCAACGAGGUGGCAGAAAUCCAUCAUUGUCGCAGCCCCUUCCUAUUCCACCACAGCCAACUGACCGCCAGCCACCCACCGGCCCAUCAAAUCGACCUCUCGCGCGGAAUCCUGCGCAGCACGAUCAGCAGUUAGCGACGGCGCCAUCUUCCGCACCUGCUCCCGUGGAAAAAAUCGACACAUCUGGUAUUCACCCUGACCGUCUGAAGGCGAUUCAAUCUCCCAGAGACGACGGAACGCAGACAACAGCAUCUCCAACAUCCUUGCCUCCAUCUGGGCCACGGAGUGGUGGACAUCCGCCUUCCGGUCCUUCGCCGACCACAAGAGGCCCUCCCGGAGUACCAUUUCCUGGUGAAAGAAGCAGGGGAGAUAAGCGGUUCGCGGGUCUAAACAACAUGCUUCAGCAGUUUGGCGCACCAGCGGAUAAAUCUGGAAUGGGUACAUCAAUAAGGGGAAGGGGGGCAAAUCGUACUGGUGGCAAUUCAGUGAACGCACCGUCUCCUCAAUCUACUCGACCUCAAACUCCCGUCGGAUCGAAAGGUGACAAUUAUUCUGGUACAGCUCCUCCCUCAGGCUCAGAAAAACCGGAUCUAUUCCCAAGCCGCUCAGAUGCCUCAGCACCACCUGUGGUGCCUUCACAGGAAGAGCCUCGGGCGCAUGGCAGGGCUGGCCGGAGAAGCGAAAUUAUAGAGGAAGCAGCAGCAGAGUCGCGACGUUCCCCGCGCCACUCGAGUGGUACUCGAACCCCAGAUCGCGAAAGAGAUCGUGAAAAAGACCGUGAAAGAGAACGCGAUAGAGAAAGAGAUCGCGAACACCGAGAUCGAGAGCGGGAACGCGAUACCAGUCGUCGGGGCGAGGAGGAGGCUUCAAGAGCUAGCACGAAGCGGGACGAAUAUCGAGAACGCCACCGGGAAGGUGACCGUGACCGUGACCGUGAUCGCGAUCGUGGUCGAGCUGCGGAUAUCAGUAGCCGGGAACAAGCCCGUGGCUCACGAGAAUCCUCGUCGCGAGGCCCCCCUCAGAACUCGAGCGCAAACAGGGAGCCAGUCUCCACCAGGCGAAGGGACAAGCGAGAGCGUGACGUGGGCACCUACGAAAGUCAGAGUCGUGGGAAAUCUGACGUCUCCCCACCCCCUCCACCCCCUCCACCCCCUCCUCUUCUAGCAUCGAACGAAACUGAAAAUCGCAGAUGGGGUAGCGGGGGCCGAGAAGAGGAUCGCAAUCGAGAUCGUGAGCGGGGCAGGGAUCGGGAGCGUGAUCGCGACCGCGACCGAGAUCGAGAGCGCAGGGAUCUGGGAAAUGGGCGUGGCGGCAAUACUGGUGCCGCUGGAGGUGCCAGUGGAGGUGGCAAUACAGGCGGAGGGUCCUGGUCCCGAAAGCGUGGGAGACUGGCAGGUAGCAACGUGGAUGACGGGGCUUCCGCUGCCGGUUCCUCCAGGAUAGGAGGUGAGAAUAAGAGACCUAGACGUGGACAUUGA